UGCCCAGGGGUGUCACAGAUACUUCAUCGGCUAAAUUUCACUGAAUGAAUUAAAUUCUGGAGACCGAGGCUCUGCAGCGAUUUUCCUCCCGAUUCUUCGACUGAAGCCCACACCUGGAUCAGGUUCUCUUUGAAUAACUUCUUGAUUGCUUUGUUACUUGGCGCCUAAACUCCAUCAUUCGGCUGAAAUUUUCCCGCGUUCAAAUUGAGUCUUUGUGAACGACCAAGCGAGCUCAAUCAGGAUAAGUAUCAACUAUGAGUGACAACAUUGGACAAGCGCUCUCCUACAUAGCCUCAGCUAAUCAAGAACUCAGACAACAGCACACCGAAGAAGCUGUCAUUCAGCUCUGCAAGGGGUAUGCCUUGGAGCCGGGCCUUGUCAAGGAUCACCUGGUCACCUUGCCGCACAACACCCUACGAACUGUACUUUGUACCUUGGAGGACUGGUGCAUAUGUGGGGGCGACUCGGCGCACCUGUUAUUGAAUUCAGAAAUAACGCUGUCUCUUGAACAAAUCUGCGACCUAAUCACGUCUCCUGGUCUGCGUCCAGACAGCAGCGUGGCAUGGUCGACGAAGUUAAGAUCGCAAAUGCGAAGCAAAAGUUAUCCGGAAGCCGUAACGACAUGCUUUGAGGCGGUGAAAGUGUUUUCCAAUCUUAGCGAUGUGGUUUUCUUCCUGGUUCAUCGAGCAAUGGCCUACCUAUUCUUGCACGAAAAAAGCUACGCAGUGAAGGAUUUUAUCGCUGCGUGUGACAGGGACUUCGACACUGGUUUAGCCUGCAUCAAAGAAACAGGAAAUAAACUCCUCCCUGCCAUAUUGGAAGCGCUAUACGACGCAAUUGCCACACUGGCCAAAAAGUCGACGAGCUUCAGUGUAGAAGACAGAUUCCUGUUAAUCAAAAUUGACCGCAUCGUUGUAGGCUUGAAUCCGGAGGAUUCUUCUACGCUUGGGGACUGCGCCGGUCACAUGAUCAAACUGAAUCAGUUCAAGGAAGCAGUGGUCCUACUGUCGGAUGGAAUAGACCAUGUGACGUCAUCUGGGAAUCGGGAGAAAGUGGAAGCAGUGGAGCUGUUUCUUCAAAGAGCUCAGUGCUACUUAGCUCUGAAGGAAACUGAGUCCGCCCUGAAUGACUAUCUCUGUGCGGCCGCCAUUGAUGAAGAUGUUACCCAAAUCUACAUCCUUGCGUCACCACACAAGCAUCAAAGUAGCAUAGCGGCUCUCUCAAAGCAACUUGCCUCUGAGCUUCUCACUCGCUUCCGUCUUAAAGUCAAGCUGACCAGCUCAUGCUCAGUUGAUACUAAAAUUACCGCUGACAGCCUUGAUAGAGCAGCGCAGAUGUAUCGGCUCUUGUAUCUUAUGGACAGCAGUAACGUGGACGCGUUAUUGAACGCGGCGGAGUGCUUGAGGCUACAAGACAAAGAUUCCGAAGCGAUCCGCACCCUUGAUGAAGUGCUCACAGUCCGUCCAUUGUGCUCCAAAGCCUACUACACGCGCGCUUUCUGCCACAUGAAAACCGCUGACAUGACGAAUGCCCUCGUAGAUUUCAACAUGACGCUCGACAUCCAACCAAAUUUUGUUCAAGCACUUUGCGGCCGCGCGUUUGUUUGGCUUAUGAGUGGGAAACUCGAGAAAGCUGCUAACGACUUGACAGCCGCCAGCAAGAUCUCUGUUGGUGCUACGGUGACCUGGAUAACAGAACUGUCUGAAUAUGAACAAGAGACGCUGAAGAAUCAAAUAAAAGAGUACUUGGUAAUGAACUCGAAGACGCGCCAACAGAACCACGAUUCGCGUGAGGACCCCUCGCUUCUUCCUUUGGGCGAUAUCUUGACUCGCGCGUUCGCCACGGAUUUCGAGUGCCAUCUCGUGUUCGCGGAGAUUUUACAGUCAAUGUGUAAAAUGGACGAAGCGCAGGCAAUUCUUGUUCGCUUGAUAACACACAAUCCGGAUGACUAUUUAGCUGCCCUUCAUCUAGCUGCGUUGAAAAUGAGAAGAAAGAAAACGGCCGACGCACUAGAAGACAUCUGUACCCUUCUGAAAACAAUAGGCGAAGAACAACUGUCGAGCUCCUUGCUGAGACUAACUGAUGACGAUCGCGCGCGUUUAACUCGCGAGGCGCAUUGCGAGGGAGUUCAGAGAUUUAACGCACAUCCAGGAGAUGCCUCGAUAGAAGGAUAUUUCUCAGUAGCAAUCGCUGCCUCUCCAAACAAAGCCUUUGAGUCUUACAUUUGGCGCGCAAAGCUGCAAGCGUUCAAAGGUAAAUUUGACUUAGCCAUCAAUGACUUGACUUCUGUGCUUGGUAAAAAGCCAAACUACGUCGAAGUGCUGUGUGAGCGAGCACUUUUGUUUACCCUUCAGAACAAUCGCAAAGCGAGUUACCAAGACCUAUUGCAGGCGUUACUUCUCAACACCCAAGCACUAAAGAGCUUCAUUCUGUCACUUCCUGAGGAUAGGAAACAUCUCAUUUUAAGAACUCUCGAGGACUGUGCUCAAAUGCUGUUUUCUCAUUACUUGUCGCGAGGUAUCCGCUCCAAGUUCAUCUUGAAGCUUUGUCAUUUAUUGGUUCAAAUUGGCAGUGGCGUCGUGUCCUACCACAGCAUGUACGCCGACGGGCUUAUAAUCUUCGAAGAUUACCGAAAAGCCGCCGAAGAGCUCGAUAUCACUGAACGACUCUGCCCCGAAGAUGUGUCGGUCCUAAGCCGAAGUGGACUCGUAUAUACAAAACUGAAUGAAAUUGAAGCUGCGGCAUCGAAGUUUCAAAAAGUGACCGAAAAAAAUCCUGAAGCUGUGGACUUCGCGCUCAGAGCUUUGAAUUCGGGACAGAAGCAAAGUAUCUUUCAAGAAGCCAUCAAGAAAGCAAAUCAGCAUACUAACUUGAAUCAAAACAGCCAUGCCUUGGGAUAUUUUACGCUUGCCGCUGUCGCCGCUUCUGAGGAUCAGCGGAACGAGAUCUUGCGCAUGCGGUCUAAAUGUUUUGAGCGCCUCUUGCGUUUCCAGGAAGCCAUUGAAGACCUGACGUCUGUCAUUACAUCCGGGGUAACCAUUGCCGGCGAUCUCGUGGCUCGUGCAAAUCUUCAUUUACUCAAUGACAAUUUUAACAGCGCGUGUCUUGACUUCAUUGUUGCUAUGGAGACACAAGAAGUGACGGCCAUGACACUGGUUUCGUCUUAUCCCGGGAAAGAAGCUGCCAUUAAAGCAUUUCUCAGGGCAGCGAUGGCUGAUCUCAACCGUAGGAAGUUCUCUAAUGGCCUCAGAGUUUGCACCUAUGGACUUAAGUUCGACCCCAACAAUAUCGAACUAAAAACUCUGAAGCGAAAGUUUGAACUGGGAGUAAGCAACAAAUGUUUCAUUCAGUAAAAAAAAUCGUUUCUUCUAGAUAAGAACUGACAGCAGUUUUUUGUGGCAAAUGUUAAAGUUAGCUAGUGUCAAGGAAACAAAUGUUUGCUUCUCUUGUGGAAAAUUUUUAGAAAUUAGUUAUCUUUUCUGAAGACUUUUGAUGAUCGUCUGGUACAUCAGGAGAUUGGCCAUUAUAAUUUUCACUCACAUCAUGCGAGAAGAAUUUUUUAACGAAAGUUUCAUCACGGUAACGGGGAGUUGUAGAAUUUUGAUAGUCAUUAAAUUUUAAUGGUGUCGAUUAA